CGAGAGGGAUCUGGAAAGGAGGACAGAGAGCCAAGAGACGAGAAGAGAAAAGGAGUGCCAAGCUCCUGUGCCGGCUCCAGAGGAGGUUUAUUGUUGUUGACGUUGUUCGGGGGUCAACAUGAGCAGCCCGUGCCUGCUGCGCACCGCCCCCGUAAGCCAGCCCCGACUCCGAGAGGUCAAGAUCAGCCUAAAGGCCAGCAGCAGGGAGACUGGGGCCAUCCGGAGCAGCGCUGGGGGGGGCAGAGAGGCUGCCAGCCGGCCUUACACCCCAGCAGAGAAAGAGGCACAAGUUCGGGUCGGGCUGAGCAGCAGCAGCAUCAGCCGGAGCAGGAGCACCCCACCGGUCCACCGCGCCCUGAGACCCGAGACCAGGAAGACGGGGAGAGAUGGCCGGCAGCAGGAGCUCCAUCAACACCCAGAGAGGAACGGGACCCUCCUGCAUGUCCCACUCAUGGGGACACCCUCAGGGGUCUCCUCCUCAUCAUCCUCAUCCUCCUCCUGCACCCCCAGACGUCAGCGGACAUCUCACCCUCACCCUGCCCCCCUCCUCUCCUCGUCCUCCUCCUCCUCCUCUGCCAAGAGUAUGAAGCGAGCGCGCUGGCUGAGUUACAGCACGUCCAACAUUUGUUUCAACUCCGUCCUGGAUGGACGAUUCAGGCAGCUGCAAGAUGAGCGCGAGGCAGUUCAGAAGAAGACCUUUACAAAAUGGGUCAACUCCAUCCUUUCCCGAGUGGGCUGUCGCAUUUCUGACCUUUACCUGGACCUGCGCGACGGACGCAUGCUCAUUAAACUGCUGGAGGUGUUGUCAGGAGAACGACUGCCAAAACCCACUAAAGGCCGGAUGCGGAUCCACUGUUUGGAAAAUGUGGACAAGGCCCUGCAGUUCCUCAAAGAGCAGCGGGUUCACCUGGAGAACAUGGGCUCACACGACAUAGUUGAUGGAAACCAUCGCCUCAUCCUCGGCCUCAUCUGGACCAUCAUCCUGCGUUUCCAGAUCCAGGACAUCAUCGUGGAAACGGGCCAGGCCGACCAGAAGGAGACACACUCUGCUAAAGAUGCUCUUCUUCUGUGGUGUCAGAUGAAAACUGCAGGAUACCCCAGUGUCAACAUCACCAACUUUACCACCAGCUGGAAAGACGGGAUGGCCUUCAACGCUCUCAUACACAAACAUCGGCCAGAUGUGGUGGACUACAACAAACUCAAGAGGUCCAAUCCUACCCACAACCUCCAGAACGCGUUCAAUGUGGCAGAGCAGAAGCUUGGUGUCACCAAACUCUUAGACCCAGAAGAUGUUUUCACAGAGAACCCAGAUGAGAAAUCCAUCAUCACAUAUGUUGUGGCUUUUUAUCACUACUUCUCCAAGAUGAAGCAGCUGGCAGUGGAGGGAAAGAGAGUUGGAAAGGUUCUGGAUCAGGCUAUUGAGACAGAGAAGAUGAUUGAUAAGUACGAGACGUUGGCGUCAGACUUGCUGGUGUGGAUCGAGCAGACCAUCGUUGUGCUGAACAACAGGAAACUUGCCAAUUCUCUAUCAGGAGUCCAGCAGCAGCUUCAGGCCUUCAACACCUACCGUACUGUUGAGAAGCCGCCCAAAUUCCAGGAGAAAGGGAACCUCGAGGUUUUGCUCUUCAGCAUCCAGAGUCGUAUGAGGGCCAACAACCAGAGGGUCUACACGCCUAAAGAGGGAGCGCUCGUCUCAGAUAUCAACAAGGCCUGGGAGCGUCUGGAGAGGGCGGAGCACGAGCGGGAGCGCGUCCUGAGAGACGAGCUGAUCAGGCAGGAGAAGCUGGAACAGAUGGCGAGAAGAUUCGACAGGAAGGCUGCCAUGAGGGAGACCUGGCUCAUGGAGAACCAGAGACUAGUGGCUCAGGAUAACUUUGGUUACGACCUGUCAGCAGUAGAAGCAGCAAAGAAGAAGCACGACGCCAUUGAGACGGACAUCGCUGCAUACGAAGAACGCGUCCAGGCCUUGGUGAACAUCUCCAAGGAGCUGGAGUCUGAGCGUUACCAUGACGCCAAGCGGAUCGACGUAAGAAAAGACAAUAUCCUCCGUCUGUGGGACUACCUGCAGGAGCUGUUGAAGGCUCGAAGGGGGCGUCUGGAUAUGAACCUGACCCUGCAGAGGAUCUUCCAGGAGAUGUUGCACAUCAUCAGCUGGAUGGAUGAAAUGAAGGCUAGGCUGCUGUCCCCAGACUUUGGGAAACACCUGCUGGAGGUGGAGGACUUGCUACAAAAACACGCUUUGUUAGAGAAGGACAUCGCUCUGCAGGCAGAGAGGGUACAGAGUACCAGCGCUGCUGCUCUGAAGUUUGCAAAUGGAGACAGCUAUAAGCCAUGUGAUCCUCAGGUGAUCCGGGACAGGGUGCAGCAUCUGGACCUGUGCUACCAGGAGCUUUGUUCUCUCGCUGCUCAGCGAAGAGCUCGACUGGAGCAGUCUCGCCGCUUCUGGAACCUCCUGUGGGAGGUGACAGAGCUGGAGAGCUGGAUCAGGGAGAAGGAGCAGAUUUUCUCGACCCUUGAUUACGGCAAGGACCUGACGAGCGUGCAGGUGCUCCAGAGCAAACACAGCGCCUUUGAGGAUGAGCUAGGAGCCCGACGUGCCAAUCUGGAGCAGGUCCUGGCUGAAGGGGAGAAGAUGAUCCAAGCCAAGCAUUUCGGCUCCCCAAAGAUUCAAGAGUGCAUGAACGACAUCAGGAGGCAGUGGCAGCAGCUGGAGGAGCUGGCUGCGUUUAGAAAGCAGAACCUCCAGGACACCCAGACUUUCUUCCAGUUUCAGGGUGACGCUGAUGAACUUAAAGCCUGGCUGCUGGACGCCAAGAGGCAGAUGAGCAGCGAUGACGUGGGCCACGACGAGUACACAACUCAGCGGCAACUUAAAAAUCACAACAGCUUGAGAAACGAAGCUAUCAAAAAUGGAGGCACCAUUGACGCUCUGUCCAAACAGGCCAACGCUCUACCAGAGGAGCUACAAAACACUCCUGAUGUUCAGAGACGUCUGAAGGAUAUCAAGGACCUUUACAUGGAGCUCCUGACUCUGGCUGACCUGAGGCAGUCCAAGUUGGAUGACACCAUGUCUCUGUACACGAUCUUCAGCGAGACGGAUUCGUGUGAGCUCUGGAUGAGCCAGAAAGAGACGUGGUUAGUGGGCUUAGAAGUGCCUGAGAAGCUGGAGGAUCUGGAAGUAGUCCAAAACAGGUUAAGCAUUUUAGCUCAAGAUAUGGCAAACGUUCAGUCGAGAGUCGACAACGUCAACAAAGCUGUGAAACAGCUUGAGGAUAGCAGACACCCACGAACCAGAGAGAUCAAAGAGUGCCAGACACGACUGAAUAAAAGAUGGGAUGCCUUCAAGGCCAUGGUGGAGGAGAAGAAGAGGAAAGUAGAUUCUGCUGUUAGUUUGCACAACUACGGGUUGGAGUGUGACGAGACGGAGGCCUGGAUAAAAGAAAAGACUCGGAUCAUUGAAUCCACGCAGGACUUGGGCAACGACCUGGCGGCUGUCAUGACAAUCCAGAGGAAACUGUUUGGCAUAGAGAGAGAUCUGGCCGCCAUCGACGCCAAGCUUUCCUUCCUGAGGAAAGAGGCUGACCGGCUGGCUCAGGACCAUCCGGAAAAUGCUGGAGAUAUCUUGGCCCGCAGAGGAGAGCUGGAUGCAGCCUGGGACAGGCUGAAGAAGACACUGAAGGACAGGGAGGACUCUUUAGGUGAGGUUAGUAAGUUACAGACCUUCCUCCAAGAAAUGGACGACUUCCAGUCCUGGCUAUUCAAGACCCAGAAGGCUGUGGCAUCGGAGGAAAUGCCCACCUCGCUGCAAGAGGCUGAGGACCUGCUGAGCACUCACAGCGCUGUGCGUGAAGACAUCUACAACCAUGAAGAGGACUAUCACCGUGUGAGGGACACUGGAGCUCAGGUCACACGGGGUCAGGAAGACGAUCCUCAGUACCAGCAGCUGGAGCAGAGGCUGAAGGGCUUGGAUCGAGGCUGGUAUGAGCUCCAGAAGAUGUGGGACAGUCGCAAAAACUUCCUGGACCAGGGUCUGGGCUUUCAGCAGUUCAUGAGGGACAGCAAGGCUGUAGAGGCCAUUCUGAACAACCAGGAGUACACCCUUGCUCACAUAGACAAGCCUGACACCUUGGCUGGAGCAGAGAAGGCUCUGAAGAAGCAUGAGGACUUUGUGAGCACCAUGGAGGCCAACGAGGACAAGGUCGACGGUGCUCGGCAGGGCGGGCGGCGGCUGGUGGACAACAACAACCUGUACUCUGGAAAGGUUCAGGAGAAAAUGGAUUCCAUCCAGGACAGGCGUGACAAGAAUAAGAGAAGAGCUAAAGACGUGUCAGAAAAGCUCAGAGAUAACCGUGACCUGCAACACUUCCUGCAAAACACUCAAGAUCUGACUGUGUGGAUCAAUGAGAAGAUGCUGACUGCUCAGGACACCUCGUAUGAUGAGGCCAGGAACCUCCACAGCAAAUGGCUCAAACACCAGGCCUUCAUGGCUGAGCUGGCCUCCAACAAGGACUGGCUCAACAAAGUAGACCAGGAAGGUCAGGAGCUGAUGGAGUCCAAGCCUGAGUUUGAGCCCAUUGUGAUGGAGCGUCUGGCCAAGCUUCAUGAGCUGUGGGACAAACUGGAGUCCACCACUCAGGAGAAGGCUCGGCUGCUGUUUGACGCCAACCGCUCGGAGCUGUUCGACCAGAGCCUGGCUGAUAUGAAGAAGUGGUUGGGCCAGCUUCAGCAGCACCUACAGAGUGGAGACGAGGAUGUAAAGGACCUGACGAAUGCCAAUAUUCUGCUUAAAAAGCACCAGAUGACAGAGAACCAGGUUCGUGACCGUAUCCGGGAGCUGGAGGAGCUCCAGGAAGCCGUCAGGAAGCACGGCGGCGGGAGGGAAGACCAGCCGGAGCUGGAGGCGGAGCAGCAAGCCCUGCAGAGGGAGUUCCAGCAGCUCCUCACACCUCUGUCCCAGCGCCGGGGCAAGCUGGAGGCUGCCAAAUCCAUCCAUCAGUUCUACAGAGACCUGGCCGAUGAGCUUCUCUGGAUUGAGGAGAGGAUGCCCCUGGCAAUGUCACAAGAGCACGGCAACAAUCUCCAAACCGUGCAGAUGCUGUUAAAUAGGAACCAGACUUUGCAGAGAGAAAUCGAGGGCCACCAGCCCCGCGUUGAUGAGGUGGUUGAGCGAGGCAGGAGGAUGGCAGCUGCCGCCGGCGCCGAGGACAGACCCGAGGCGGAGAGAAUCACGGACCAGCUGAACGAGCUGGAGGAGGCGUGGACGCGGCUGCAGCAGGAGAUGGCCAAGUGGCGGGAGAGGUUGAAUGGCUCCAACUUGGCCCAGCAGUAUUAUAAUGAUGCUGAUGAGGCCGAGGCCUGGAUCUGGGAGCAGGAGCUCUACAUGAUUGCUGAUGAGAAGGCCAAGGAUGAGCAGAGUGCCAUGCUGAUGCUAAAGCGCCACUUGAUCCUGAAGCAGGCAGUAGACGAUUAUUCUGCCUCCAUUCGGAGGCUGGCCGACCGAGCCCAAAGGAUGUUUGCAGAGGACCAUCCUGACGGCGAGGAGAUCAUUAGGCGACAGGGCCAAGUGGAUAAGCAAUAUGCAGGUCUGAGAGAGCUGGCAGAGGACCGCAGGAAGAAGCUGAACCUCACCUAUCAUCACUUCCUUCUGAGCAGAGAGGUGGAGGACCUGGAACACUGGAUUGCAGAGAGAGACGUGGUGGCCUCCUCUCAGGAGAUGGGACAAGACCUGGACCACGUCACGCUUCUCAGGGAUAAAUUCAGAGACUUUGCCCGGGAGACGGGCAUGGUGGGCCAGGAGCGAGUGGACAUGGUCAACCAGACGAUAGACGAGCUAAUCGAAGGUGGACAUAGCGAGGCAGCUGCGUUGGCAGAGUGGAAGGACGGCAUCAACGAGAGCUGGGCGGACCUGCUGGAGCUCAUCGACACCCGCUCUCAGCUCCUCACGGCUUCCUACGAACUUCUCAAGUACUUUGAUGAUGGAAAGGAGUUGGUGACUCAGAUCCAGGAGAAGCAGAAGGAGCUGCCUGAAGACGUGGGUGAAGAUUUCAGUAAAGCAGAGUCCUUCCACAGAAUGCACGCUGCCUUUGAGAGAGACAUCACCGCCCUGGGCAAACAGGUUCAACUGUUCCAGGAAACAGCUGCAAGGCUUCACGCCCAGUACGCCGGAGACCGAGCAGAUGCCAUUCAGGCCACCGAAAGGGAGGUGGUGGAGGCCUGGAAAGGUCUGCUCGAUGCCUCAGACGGUCGCCGUACGCAGCUGGUGGACACGGCUGAGAAGUUCCGCUUCUUCAGCAUGGUCCGAGACCUGAUGGCCUGGAUGGAGAGCAUCAUCCAGCAGAUCGAGACUCAAGAGAAGCCCAGGGAUGUCUCGUCCGUGGAGCUGCUGCAGAAGUACCACCAGGGGAUUCGCUCAGAGAUCGAAGCCAGAGGAGCAAAGUUCACAGACUGCAUCGACCUGGGCAAGGCCCUACUGAACCGCAAGCACCGAGACCCUGCUGAGAUCAAAGAGAAGCUGGUUCAGCUGAUUGAGAAAAGGAAGGAAAUGAUGUUCAAGUGGGAUGACAGAUGGGACUGGCUGCGACUCUUGCUGGAAGUGUGUCAGUUCGCACGGGACGCUUCCGUCGCCGAGGCCUGGCUGGUCGCUCAGGAGCCCUACGUGACUAGCAGAGACCUGGGUCACACCGUCGAUGAGGUCGAGAAGCUCCUCAAGAGGCACGAGAACUUUGAGAAAUCCACCGCCAGCUGGGAGGAACGUUUCUCUGCGCUGGAGCGCCUCACCACGCUGGAGCUGUUGGCGUUGAGGAAGCAGCAACAGGAGAUGGAGCAGUUCAUGAAAGAUGAGCAACGCUCAGAAAGGGAGAGCAGGAGGGAAGACACUGGCUUUGCAGAAGAAUCCUCACAACUCUACACCAUCGAGGAGCAAACUCUGUCUGGGGCAGCAGAUCCCAGUUCAGGCCAGCAGGAGGGGACUGCUGGUGACUCCACGGUGCCCAUAGAGUCAGAGAUGAGAGAGAGUGCAUCCCUGGAGCUGGAGCCCUCCUUCUCUCUAGUCUUACCUAAAGAGCCCGAGAGGGCGGCCACCAUGCCCACAGAACCUCUCAGCAGCCUGGCCGUGCUGCAGGAGGGCACGCUGUGCCGCAAGCAAGACUUAGAGGGCUCGGGGAAGAAGGCCUCCAACAGGUCGUGGAACAACCUUUACUGUGUGCUGAAGUCCGGUCAGCUCUCAGUCUACAAGGACCAUAAAAGUUUUGGUCAUGGGACAACGUACCACGGCGAGGACCCCCUGUCUCUCAGAGACGCCGGCUGGGAGAUCCUCACCAGCUACAAGAAGAAGAAGCACGUUGCUAAGCUGCAUCUUGCAGAUGGAAGUGAAUAUUUGUUCCAGUGUAAAGACGACGAAGAGCUCCAGCGCUGGAGCGAGGCCAUGGAGAAGGCCGUUCAGACCCUGGAAGCAGAGGAGGAACUAGGGCCCUCGGGGGCCAAAACCCACAGCCUCCCCGCGCCCCCCUCCUCAGCUACACCCCCUGAAACCAGCUCUGCCAAGAAAGACAAGGAGAAGAAGUUCAACCGCUUUGCCAAGAAGAAGUGAAACAAACGAGCCGGCCGCUGGGAGGGAGCGUUGCCUAGGCAACCUGGAUGGAGAAAGUAGAAUUUAUGUACAAUCAGUCAGAGUGGAGCUUUUUAAUCACUAGAUGUUUAUUUUGUGAAAAUGAAAAAAUCGUGAAGUUUGAGUGGAAGCCGUCACCUUUGCCUGUAUUUAAGCCCGUGUACGAUUCCAAAGGUCCUUUUUCUGUAUUCUCUUUUUGUGUUGUUUUUAACUCACCUAGAGCAUCGAUUAAAGCACAGGGAUGCUUCACACUCAACCAAAGAAUGUUUGCAAAAAUUUGUUUUUGUUAGUUUAGCUGCAGUUUGUUGCUUUGUCAUAAAUGUGGCGUAAGGAGGCAUCUAGACCCCAGAGUCCGGGCGGUACAUUCAUCAGCCUGCCUGAGAAAAUGGUUGUGAACUGUAAUACUGUGCUGCGUGAGCUGUUAGCGGCUACUAGAGUCUGAUGAUUUGAAACAGAUUUGCAGAGUGGAGGGCUGUAACGUGCACACACACCAGCUACACUCAUGUAAACAAAAAACUGAGUGUGUACAAGCAGUCAUGUGACACAGUUUGAUCUGUGGAUUUAAACUAUACUCCACACCUGUCUACUAAACUCUAUAACUAUGUAAUAACAUAUACACUAUAUAUAGCUAGAGAUGCAUGUUAUACGUUGGUUUGAUUUGGUGCUAUGAUGGUAUUCUUGACCCACUUGAAUUGCCUUAUUUGUGUUUGACUCGUGCUUGCAGUGACACAACGCUAGCAUGCAUAAAGUGGAGAGGGGGGUUCCAUAAACUAAGCAAACGUGAAUAGAUUUUCAGGACGAGGCAGGACACUUUUAACGUGGUGCAGCAUGAGAAAUAAAAUCUCUUUUAGACCACGGUUCAGCUGAAAAACACCAAGGCUGGGAAAAUGUAGCCUCUGCCGCCAAAACAAGCGUUUGUGUCAGGAUGCUGCGGAGAAAACAGCAGCUCAGACUUUUACAAACACAGCUUUGCUGCAGGGUUCUGCUGUGAAGCAUGAUGCCUGGAUGAAUUAUUAACAUAGUAAUGAUUUAAUAUGUUUUAUUAGGUAGAGAUCCAUGGUAACAGGAGAUAGAUUUGUUGAUUUCAGUUACAUUUGUAGAUUGAAAACCUGCUUUUGGUCAAUUUGUUUUCAUUUAAAUUUCAAAAUGAUUUGAAUUGGUAUGGGGUCAGAAAUGAAUAAAAACUGCAUAUUGAAAGGUAAAUUAGUCACUUAUAAUCAUAUUGAGAUGUUAAACCUCCCAAAUUAAAAUCCAUUCUUUAUAAAAAACCUGCCACCUCAUUGGUUGGGUUUAUUAAUAAGACAAGUUAAUGCAAGACAAUCAAAUGUUUACGUAUGAUCAGGAUUUACAUAAUUUCAGCUCAUUUUAAUGAGUUUUUAAUGUACAGUAACAGGAUUUUUCAUCUAUAAACAGAUAAGGAGACGUUAUGAUGAACAGUCUCAGAUUACCAUCGUCGUCUUGUAUUAUGGAUUAAACAGCCGUCUCACUCAAGUGACCUCUACAAAAGCCAUAAAUGACAUCAUUCAGCUCCAGAAGAUGUUGCAGCAUCAUGAUCUCGUCUAUUUUAUUUACAAAUCCAUCUAAAUGACUCAUUUCCUACAGGUACCAGAAGUUUAAUUCUCCCAUGAACGCACCUGGAAAUAGUUUGGAUAGUUCAUUUAUUUUGAUCCUGACACUUUCUCACCCUCAGCCACUUUUAUUCCUUCACUCUCCUCACCUUUUCUGUUCGGUGGUUUAUAAAUCUGCAUUUUGUACUCAAUAGCUCUGUAAAAUAUUCAGACAUGUUGACAAAAAACAAAUGUUUUGAGAGAAUAAAGUUUAAAAGAGAAA